UGUGCUCACCGCCACACCGUUGACAAAAGCUGCCAGUGUUGGCGAGAGCUUGAUGCCCUCGGGUCCGUAGACAGAGCUGACGUCAUGAUGAGCGUACAUGAGCUGGGGGAGUAGGAUGGAGUCAGGUAAACAGUUAGCGUCAUCAUCGACACAAAGAAACACACACAUACGCAAAAUUUAAUUUGGUUCAUCACUCCUCAGUUGCUAAAUAUGGUUCUUUGACAUUCAGUAAAGACAGCCAUGACAUUUACUACAAACGAUGUAAUAACUAAGGAUUACCCCGCACUACUCUUUGACUCACCUGUCUGCAUGCUGCCUUAUUUUAGAUAAGACCGAUAAAAAUGAUGUUGAAUUUUUUUCCCUCGGCCUCACCUGGGAGUGCUGCAGAGCCAGUUGAAAGACAUCUGUUGUGCUGCCAAGGAGACCAACUCCAAUACUGUCCAGCACCAUCCUCUUACUGCGAUGAAGGACCACAGGGGACAAGUGUUGAGGCUUCACUUCACUGAUGAACUUUCCAAAAGUCGCCGUGACCGUGUCCUCAUGGGCGGGGUACUUCAAGACUACAUGGGGUAAAAAAGAGGAGUGUAAUGGGGAAAUUAAAAAGAGGGACAAAGUGGCAAAGGAGUUUUGUUGCUAUGACAUUACCCUCCACUGCAGACUUGUGCAGUCCUCUGACAACCCACAUUGGUCUGAUGCCUUUCUGCAGCGUCAGCAGAUUAAGAGUGAUGCUGAUGUUGCCCAGGUGGAGCAGGGACCAGCCUUAUAUAGUCAAGGAUUUACAAUAGUGACGAAGGUGGAACAAGGAAGAUCACGGAUUUUCCACAACACAAUAUUAUCUGGUAAAGGAAGGACUUUCCACAUGUGUGCAUGUCAUCAUUAUUGUAAUCAACACCACCUUCUUUAGAAGCAAAAGAGGAAGGUCUGGGACUCCAUUGAGUUACAUGACAUCAUUUCCUGGGUUGCACAGUGGACAGGAUAGUUGUGCUUAGAAUUUUCGUCAAUCCCACCCAUCCAACCUCAGGAAGCUAUUUAUCCAUGCCUGGGACAAUGUCAACAUUUCAUCGGAACAUCUUCAAACGAUCAUAUAAAUCAUGACGAAAAUGAGUGGUUUUCCAGCUAGUUUCUACAGUGAGCCGGGUGUUUUAGGCCUACUAUCAAAUGGAAUUAGCGCAUUCCUUGUACUUCUCCAGAACUUCAGUACGGCACACUCCGGCAUGUCACCACAUGGGGUGGAGAACAUACUUGCAGGUGUGCAUCUCAUCCUGAUUGGUGGUAUCUGUCAACUGGUGGCAGGCCUGCUGUCCUUCCGAAAAUAUGAUCAUCUGAGUGGCACUGCCUUUAUCGGCUACGCCGCUCUUUGGGCAAGUUAUGGUGCAUCCCGAAUCUACUUUGGCGCAUUAUCCAAGACCCCCUCAGGGCCACACCCAAUAACAAACAACAUGUCUCUGUUCGCCAACAUAACACAAUUGAAUGCAACAAUGGAAAUCCCAGUUUGCUAUUUAUGCCUGUCCCUCAAGGAGUCUGUUAUUGCUGGUCUACUCCCAUAUAUCCUCCUAUCGGCUCUCCUUACCUUUUGUUCAGCCACAGUCAACUAUAUCAUGCCUUUUGUUUUUGGAGCCAUCACAGCCAGUUUAAUUUUUGAAGCAGCAGCUUUAGUGUCAGGUUCAUGGGCUCUUGUGGCAGCCGGGAUUUUUGAGUUACUCAUCCUGAUCUUUGCCAUUUACGGCUCAGUAGCACUGCUCAUAAAAGGUCUGUCUCAACGUCUAGCCAUCAAAGGCUUUGGGACACCUCUCUUUAACGUCCUUCUGCUUGGUACUGCCAGUUCAGCCAAUGCCCAGAAGCCUGACACAGAAAAGAAGAAAAACACAAAGUACGCAGAACCCAUGGCCUUAGGUUUCUUCUGUGACACAGUGCCACCAUUUAUUCUUGCAUUUUACAGCUUUGGGUUCAUGAAAUCUUUUGGUUUGGGAGUUGCCUGGGUGUCAAUAAUCACAGGUGCACAGCUUUUCUCUAGCUACUACUCCCAUCUACGCCAAGACUGCUACCAUACGACUAAGUUUGGUUUUCAUGCCAAAUAUUGGCUGGUCAAGGCUUGGGAUGAGUUUGUGGCAUCUGUUCUGAUUGUGGAGGACACCAAAGUCACCUCAGCGAGGGACCCAAUGGUAGGAAACUGGUUCUUUGUGGUGGGAGCCCUGGUGCUUUGUUGUGGAAGCCUAAACAUGGAUGUUCUGGAACUGAGCCACAACAUGCUGUUUCUCCUGCUCACCAUCUCCACAAUCCCUCAGAUCUCCCUCAAUCACUAUUACAUAUUCUUUGGUAUAGCUUGUACCAUGUUUACCGGCGCCUCGCUGUAUGGUACCUUCUCUCGGCUCAUCAACACUACUGCAGAGAAGUCGCUUAUCAUUGUUGGACCACAGCCCAUCUCUGCUGCCCAGCUGAAGAGUGUGUUGAACUGGAGCAGGUCCAAAGAAGCAAAACAAGAAUUACCGUUCCAUACCGAACAGUUGUCAGAUGCCCUCUUUUACUUGUCAAAUGGGGUUGCGGCUCUGUCUGCUCUCCAUACAAGUGUACACAGCAGAAAUCCUUCAUUCCUCCAUCUGAAUGUCCCUUGGGUCCUCAUCCCUGGAGCUGUCAUCCAGGCUUAUGUCAGUCGGCUGAAAGUCACUGGAGAAAAAACGUUUGGGUCUGUCAUUGCGUCUAUCUAUGUAGCAGUUUGGGCAAUGUGGACCUGGUUUAGAUUUGCAGGUACCCUACUUCAGCUUUCCACACAAGUCGCUUAUGAUUUUGCCGCGGGAGCCAUCGCUUUCCUGGUUAUCAAUUCUUUCCUCUUAUUCAGUGCUACAUACAAGAACCUGGUCCUGUUGUUGCUAACAGCAACCAUGGAGGUGGUCCUUGUUUGUUUUCUUCUUUCGACUCUGCAGCGAUUGCCAUACCAACUAGAAAUGGCCAUGCUUGCACUCUUUUCUGUCAUUUGCACAUAUGGAGCAAUGUCAUCAUUAGUAAACAGCCUCUUUUCCCAGAGAUUACUACCUUUGGGUCCUCCAUUAUUAAAGCAAGUGAAGCAGGAGACUGUGGCUGAGCUACCGUGCCCUUUGGCAAACUCCCGACUCACCUCUGGGCUUUUGAAAAUUGCCAGCAUUCUCGAAAAGGGGGGAGUAUGCGGUAUUCCCACAGACACUGUGUAUGCUUUGGCAGCAUCCUGCAAGAAUGCACAGGCUAUUGACAAAAUCUAUAACAUCAAGGACCGACCAGCAGAGAAGCCCAUUUGUAUUUGCAUUUCUAGUCUGAAGCAGCUGGUGGAAGCCAAACCUCCCUUUAGUCCUCUGCUAUGGGAGUUUAUGCGGAACGUGUAUCCAGGAGGCAUCAGUUGCAUCGUUAGCAAAGGAGACUGGCUCUUGAAACUGGGGGUGGGAGCAGCUUAUGACCGCCUUGGCACCAGGGACAGCAUCAUGAUCCGAGUCCCUGACCACACUGUGACCUGUCAUCUCUGUAAUAUCACUGGACCCCUCGCUAUUACCUCGGCCAAUCCCAGUGGAGAACCAGACAGCACCCACCACAGCAUGGUCAUCGACCGACUGGGGCACAAGAUCCAAGGUGUUCUGUGUGAUGGGGAGACGAAUGAAGUUGUUGCCUCAACAGUGGUGAACUGCCUGAAGAUCAAUGAGGGGGGCAUCGCCAUUAUCAGGGAAGGCUGCGUCCCUGCAGGACAAGUCAGAGAGAUCUUUAACAGAGUGAAAAGCACAAUGGCCUGAUGGUUGGUUGGUUUGGGGCACCCCAAAUGCUCAGGGCCCCAGCACUGUUGUACCCUCCUUUGUUCCCCCACUCUUCGACGCCCCUGUACAAGUGUAUCCAGCACGCUGUUGAAUCCGUAUCUGACUGCAGUGUUGUGAAAGGAGUGUUUUAAUACGUGUGCUGUAGUUUUGUUGACGAGCAGAUCAUAUGGGGCGUGUAAUGUAUCUUUAAUGCUUCCCUUCUUGUGCAAUUGAGCAUUUGAUUUUCCUGGUGUGUCACAUGAACUGUAUUUGAAACUACAUGGAAUAAA